GACUCAAUGCCUCGACCGAUGAAGGCAAGCAUGUCUCGCAUCUUAUUCACCACCUUCUAUACCUGUAUACCACUUUCAGAGUACUAUGUACUUGUACCCCUAGGUCUGUAGUACAACUUUCUGUGGGGCGCUGGCAUUCACUGUUCAUAGUUAAAUUCCAUCUGCCAUUUCUUUGCUCACCAGUAUAGAUGGGACAUGUUGGUCAGCGUGGGCAAGUUGAGCCAAAGGAUAUGUUUCCACGCUGUAUGACUAUGACUUCCCAGAUGAUCUUGUAACCAUAGACAACCAUCUUCACUGUCCACUACACCACCAGUGUUGAUUCAUUCACAAACUUACCAAUUAUGCCACCUACAUUCUCAUCCAUAUUAUUACAAUAUAUGGCAAAUAGCACAGAUUCCUGCAGCUCGCCAUUGGUCACAGGUCUUCAAUUAGAAAGCACCCCUCCCCUGCCAUCCUCUGACUUCUUUCUCCAAGCCAACUUUUUUAUCCAGUUGGCUUUCUCACUCUGAAUCCCAUGUCAUCUCAGCUUCAUCUUGGUCAGUUCCAAAAUCUAAAGCUUAUCUAAACUUUGAAUUAAAUCCUUAAAGUCACUAACAUCAAUCAUUAUUAAAUCCAAACUAAUUACUAUAAUAUUGUAGCUUUAAAACAGAAAUCCUGCCAAAAAUAUCUUUUCCGGUAUUUACACACACACUUUCAAAUCAUGAACCACUAUUCUUUGUGGCAUUAAAGCACCACAAAGUUUUAGCAAUUAUCAUUUGCACGCUAUUAUUACAUGCAAUUAAAAAGUCUAUCGGCUUGCUAAUUUCGUUGAACUCGUCACUUGAUAAUUAGAACGAACUUGUAACUGUAACUCUAUUGUCACAAACAUCCUUAUCAGGUUACCCUACCUGCUUAUUAUUUAUAAGUUAGAGCUCAAGUACAAAAAAGUGUGCAGUCGUCAGAAUGGAAAUGGCCGACAACAAUUUCAGAGCUGCUGCGACUUCAUUAAUUCAUUUGACUCCUUGCAAUAGUUAGGUUUUGAUUUCCACAUUCUAAUUCCGGGCAAGAUGCAACCUCAUCAAGGCAGAUAAGGCUUCCGGCUGAUAAGAAUGUUUACUGCAGCCACUAAGAAUUUUGUGAAACAGAUUGGGGAUACAGGCAGACUGAAACCUGUUCCUGAUCUGAGCGAGGCCGACAGAUAUCAGCCACUCAGUCUUGUCACAAAACGGACAAAAUCCUUUCCAUGGAAAAAGAAGAAAUACCACUCCACGCCAUUCACGCUGAAGGACAUUCUUGUCGGGGAAAAGGAGGUGUCAGCUGGUGUCUCUUCAUAUCAGCUGCUCAAUUAUGAAGAUAAGUCAGAUGUUUCGCUCAGAGGGAAAUUAGGCAAUCACGUUAUUAAUGACGUUGGAUUCAAUAUUAAUGGAUCAUAUUCAGUGGCAAUUAAAGCUUCAUUUGGAAUAGUAACAAAACACGAGGUUGAGGUGCCAAUACUGCUCCGGGAGAUCAUCAACAGAAAAAUUGACGUGGAGCAUUGCCUUGUUCGCCAGCUGAAAGAAAGGCAACGUGCUGUACUUUGUGUUGUCAUGGAGAGCAUCCGCACCACCCGGCAAUGCUCACUCACUGUGCAUGCCGGCAUGAGGGGAAAAACAAUGAGGUUUCAGAUCGAUAAUGGACAAAAUCAUAAGGGUUGGGACAAAGCCCUUGUCAUCCCGGCACACACAACAAUUGCAUUUAGUGUCUUUGAGCUAUAUGUCCAUUUGGAUGGCCAUUUUGAAUUGUGCGUAACAUCCGAAUCAAAAGGUGGGUUUGAGAAGGAACAAUUAACAGACCAAUUGGGUGGAUUCAUGAACCGAUUUUCAGUGUGGAAAUUGCGGAGAUGUCUGUCGGACUUCUUUUAUGGUAGCUCGUUCAGAUCAGAUGAGAAAGUGUUGGAUGGCAUCAGGAAUUCUGAUCUUUAUUUGGAGGAUUUGGUCGCCGACUAUUACGAGAAGGCUACGAGUAUGACAGAUAUUUCCACCAACUACCUUCGGGAUAACGCCCACACGCGAGUCAACCUUCUCAACAACAAUAUUGCUAAAGGACCCUGCGUUCUUUGUGGCAUGGGAAGUUCCCGAAGAGAGACAGUGUACGGAUGCCUCGAGUGCUCAUUCAAUGGACAGAAAUAUGUGAGACUGCAUGUAGUGCCCUGCUUUGAUCUGUGGCACAAAAGAGUCAGAUAAUGUACAUGGUUUGCCUGAAUUGGACCUCCUCCCCUACAUCUCCCUCUUCUCCCCCCACCUCUGUGGCCCCACCUGGACUCACACUAAUUUCUCCCCUCCCCCUCAUUCCUUCCUCUAGUUUUCCAAUUCUUCAAUCCUUUUAUCUCACUCCUUCUGCAUUUUCAUCUCUGUUUUCUUGUCUAACCAUCUGGCUUUCAAAAAACCCAGUCUAACCUGUAUCAAUCUAUUACCUGCCAGGCUUUGACUUGCCCUCCUCUUUUCAAGUUUCCAUCUCUCCCUGCUACAAACAUUCUGAAGAAGGGCAUGCUCUCCAGUGAUGCUGCCUG